AUGGCAGACGAGGAUCAAGAACACCUUGAGAGAAUCUUUAAGCGGUUUGACACCAACGGGGACGGGAAGAUCUCGUCAACAGAGCUUGGAGAAGCUUUGAAGAUGCUCGGCUCUGUGUCACAUGAAGAAGUCCAACGUAUGAUGGCUGAAAUCGAUACUAAUGGAGACGGGUCUAUUUCUUAUCAAGAGUACAUGGACUUUUGUAAUGCGAACCGGGGGUUAAUGAGUGAUGUUGCCAAGAUCUUGUGA